AUGACAUAUUUCCCACCAUUCCCAUAUUCCUAUUACUCUACAUUUAUGUGUGAGGGUGUGCGUGUGAUGAUGCUCGUAGUUGGUGGUGUUGACAACGAUGAUGAUGAUGAUUGUGAUGAUGUAGUUGAUGAUGAUGAUGAUGGUUAUGAUCAUAAAGAUGGAAACAUAUAA